UGAAAUUAUAUUUGAAAGAAGUUAAGAAUACUGGAUAUUACUCCUUAGACUUUAAUAUUUGACAAUUGAAGUUUAAUUAAAGUUCGAAGUUUAAUAGAUUAUCUCUUAUUUGUGGUAAUAAUUACGUGAAGGGAGGCAGUGUACAGAAAUUAGGUGAGAAAGAUUGUUCAAGAUACUGUGCAGAUAUGAAACAUUGAAUGCUAUGAAACUUGAUGCCAGAUAUAUUGUUUUUUUAACAUCUUAAAAAGGCUUGUAAGGCUCUUCAGUGCUUCUAGAUGCAGAUCUCUAAUGUCACCUCACCUUUAGAAUUUUGCCGAGAAAGAAACUUAACUGUUCAGUACUGAAUUUUGCAAUAUUACUUUAAAGAAACGUGUUUGGAAAUGGAUGUUUUAGUGGCAGGAUGCUUGAAAAAAAAAUAGAAAAUAAGACUUUAUAUGUACAGUGCUAAGGAGCAUGUGUAAAUAACAUUGGUAGAAUAAAACAAAGUGUCAGCAAAUUUGAUAUUGCUGCCUGAAAAUACUGGCCUGGUCUGAACUGGUUUUGUAAAACUCUUACUUGCCCUGUUGCUUGUGAGGAAUAAGCUUCUUGGCACACUUGACACAGUACUGCAAUGAAGGAAAAACAACCAAUUUACCAAUGUUAUCCAACUUACAAAAGAAAGGCAGGAUUUAUGGAUUACUACUUUAAUAAACAGCUAAGUUUUAGUUCUUCACAAAAAAAAAAGGUAGAAAAGCAUACAAAACUUAGUAUGGAAAGGUAAUGCGGGGUUUUCAGAGUUGCAGGAGGGUGGAGGUGCUGGUGCAGUCUGUUCAGCUCUGCUGCCCUCUUCCAGCUUCUGCAAAAGCAACAAAACUGCCUCCGUUCCUCUGUUCGUCUCAGUUUUUUUUACCUCCAACUUCUCUUACUGCCAAAAAAGAGAAGGCAUGGAGACUCAGUUUCUCCUGCCUGCUCUGUACCACUGAUCCACUCCUACUUGAUGUAAAAAUAUAUGCAUUGUUAGUCCACCCAUAUAAAUUGCAGCUAACCAUGCUUGUGAACAGUUAGCCUAGUAAGGAGCCACCACAUGCUCUAGCACAGCUGGAUCCAUGCGGAGGAGACUUGUGGCUGGUGACAUCAGGGCUUGUAAGAUGAGCCAUAAAGUUGCUAAUACUGGAAAGGUGAAAAGGUCUUGUUUAGAUUUCAUAAAGGAAGGGUUUCCUCCCCGUGCUCCAGGGAAGGAGCCUGGUACAGCCUAGAUGCUAACGAGCCUUAGUGAUGCUGUCAGGUCCUGUCAGCCUCAGUCCUUCUUCUCCUAACGCUGUUCUGCUGUGGGGGAAUACACUGAAUGUGAGAGAUGAGGGGAGUCUGAAAUGGAGAGGGACAGUGCAGCAUCUGUGUUCUAGGCAUGUGCUAAGGGGUUUUAACUUGACUAUUUAACUUCACUGACUUAACUUCACUAUAUUCCAUCUGCUGGAACGAUGUCCCAGGAGUACAUUUACCAGUCACUGUUUCUUGCUGCAGGAGACACUGCUUUGCUGACAGAUGGAUGGUGAUAGCUCCACAACGGAUGCUUCUCAGUUAGGAAUUGCUGGAGAUUACAUUGGUGGCAGUCACUAUGUGAUACAGCCUCAUGAUGACACAGAGGACAGCAUGAAUGAUCAUGAAGAUACAAAUGGCUCAAAAGAGAGUUUCAGAGAACAAGAUAUAUACCUUCCAAUUGCAAAUGUGGCAAGGAUAAUGAAAAAUGCCAUACCCCAAACCGGAAAGAUUGCUAAGGAUGCAAAGGAAUGCGUGCAAGAGUGUGUAAGUGAAUUCAUCAGCUUUAUAACGUCAGAAGCAAGCGAGAGGUGUCACCAAGAGAAAAGAAAGACCAUCAAUGGAGAGGAUAUUCUCUUUGCCAUGUCUACCUUGGGGUUUGACAGCUAUGUUGAACCUUUGAAAUUAUACCUCCAAAAAUUCAGAGAGGCAAUGAAAGGAGAAAAGGGAAUUGGAACAGUUACAGCUGGGGACGGUCUAAGUGAGGAGCUCACAGAGGAAGCAUUUACUAACCAGUUGCCAGCAGGCUUAAUAACUACAGACGGCCAACAGCAGAAUGUUAUGGUCUACACAACAUCAUAUCAACAGAUCUCUGGUGUUCAACAAAUCCAGUUCUCAUGAUCUGAAGAAAACUUUGUAUCUGGGAACACGAGACAGAAAAGCUGUGCAACUCUUAACGAAGAGGCAGUUUUAAUGACUGGAAGAGAUUUAUCUCUUUGUAUAUUAAAUAGCUGUAAUGUAGCUACCGGAAGCUUGACUAAUUGAGGUGUGAGUUCUGACUCAAAUCUUUUUCAUGAUGAUUUUAAAAAAAAAAAUUGGAUUUUAAAGGUAUUAAAGUAUUUUUGUUUUGUACAAGAGUUUGUUGCUCUGUAUAACUCCUGUAUGCAUUGUAUAUUGCAAUUUAUUACUGUCAGAGAUUUGUAGACAGUUUCUUAUUUUCAUAUUGAAUCAUGUUACUUUUGUAAUUCAGGUAAACAGCUGGGUUAAUUCAUGUUUACCCUUUGAAUAAAAUUGUAAGGGUAAAGUUCAUUUUUGAAUGCCAGUUGCCUUUAUUAUAAAGAUUGAGUUGGUCUUGGUUAUGUACCUUGUCUUGCAUGACAACCUCAACUAACUUUACAUGUCAGCAUAUUUAUUGAAAAGUUUAAAAGGGACGUUUUCCUCAUGAACUUAGGAGCUCAGAAGAAUUGCUACAACUGUUUUUUGGUUUGUUUUUGUUUUUUAAUGUAACUUCAGAAUUAAAAGUGAAUCAAAACCAACCAGUGCUCUACUACCUUUAGAGACUUAGAGCUUAUCAACAGCAUUGAUGAAAACACUAUGUGUGAUGCAGGUCUUCAUUUAUUAUUUUCCUUUUCAGUUGCAUCAACCCUCCUUAGACUUAUUUGAUAUAUUUAAGGUAGUCUUUGUGCUACUGAAAUAACUUUUCCUUUUUUAUGUAUAGUUUUUAGAAUCCAGAACUUUAGAAAUUCAAGGGGUAGCGGGGGAGGGGGGAUUUUAUAGUCCUCGUGGUAAAAGAUCUCAUUUUAACUUUUUACUGAAAUGUUCUAAGGGUUCUUGCGAGCCUGUGGGAACUCAAACGCGUUAGCAACUUUCUGUGUACAGGCUGCAUGCGUGCGUGUGAGCGACUGCAACCUGAGCAAGUGAUGAUACAACUCUGAAAUGGAAGACAGACUGCUGGUUUUGCAAUAAACUCUGCCUAGGUAGCGUAGUUCUGUAUAUUUAGUGAGCUGUUCUUCGUAACGUUGCUGUUUCUUUAAUACUUGGGAGGGUGAUUUUGUUAGAUGCAAUGUCUUAGCCUGGUAGAAUAGGGGUAGUGGGUUUAGUAAUAUGUCUUAUUCAGAAUGAAUUUUGGGACCUUUGGUAUUUUUACUGUUUGCAGUGAACUGAAAUGUAAUAUAAUAACUAUCUUUCCACAUAUCUGUCAUUAAUUUAAGCAAAUCACACCUUGAAUCUAUUGCCAUUUAAUUUCUUGCUGGUUAUGUCUUCUUUUUUCUUUAUUUUUUAAAGUAACAGUUUCAUAUUGGGAACACAGCUUAAACUAAGGCUUCCUGGAAGCCUGGAAUAGCCAAUUCUUUACUAAACACCAGUUUUAUGUAUGUGCAGAUUUGAACAGUGUCUCUUAGGAAUCAGCAUCAUGUUGGCAGAGCCUCUGGAGGUGAUGCAGUGUGUUCUGUGGCCAUCUGGACAGAUGUUUGGGGUUUGUGGCAGUCUGUCACUCUUCAGCAGCUAUGACUGAACAAAUGAAGGGUUUUUUUUAUUCAUUAAAUGUAAAAAUGAAUAACACCAUCCCUACACGA